AUGUCUUGUUCCUAUCUUGUUAUACAUCUUGGAUUGUAUUGGAAACAUUCAUCCUUAUCAUUUUUUCUAUGGGUCUCCGAUGCUCUGUCCAUUGUUGCUAGUUUGUUCCUUUUCUAUGCUGUGUUAUUUGGCAAGACACAAGAAGAUGAAGAUCUCCAUCUUUUGGAGCCUCUCUUGAAAAGUAGUUAUAGUCGAAGCAAUGACGACAGAAAAGGACUAAGUAUCGAUGGAGAGAGAGUAACUCCUUAUGCAAAUGCCAAUAUUCUUAGUAUGCUUACUUUUUCUUGGAUGGGUCCUCUGCUUGCACUUGGGUAUAAAAGAACACUAGACCUUGAAGAUGUUCCUCAGCUUGCUACUUGUGAUAGUGCCAGUGUGGUCUUUGCUUGUUUUAGCAAUAAAAUUGAACAUGAUGGUAAUGUUGGUCAGGUAAACACUCUGAAAUUAGCAAAGGGAUUGAUUCUCUCAGUGCGGAAAGAAAUUCUAUGGACAGCUAUAUUUUCCAUUGUUCGCAUAUUGGCUUCUUACGUUGGACCAUAUCUUAUUAACGACUUCAUUCAAUAUCUUAAUAGCUCUGAUCAACAAAAAUAUCAAGGCUAUACACUAGUGUUUAUUUUCUUCCUUUCAAAACUCAUAAGGUGCAUCUCAGAGAGGUUGUUAUUCUUUCAAUUGCGAAAGAUGGGAAUUAUGGUCCGUGCUGCCUUAUUCUCUAUAAUCUACAAAAAGAGCCUUAACCUUUCAAGCCAAUCAAAGCAGGUUCACACUAGUGGCGAGAACAUUAAUUUGAUGAAUAUUGAUGUUGAGAGGAUUGGGCUUUUCACUUGGAACUUGCAUAAUAUAUGGAGGGUGCCUCUUCAGGUUAUUCUGGCAUUGUUGAUCCUGUAUAUAAGACUUGGAAUCGCCUCACUUGUAGCUUUUGUUGCAGUAAUAAUGUUGAUGUUAGCAAAUUUUCCAUUAGGAAAAAUGCAGGAGAAAUUUCAAGGGGAAUUGAUGGAUUCAAAAGAUCAGCGGAUGAAGGUGACAUCUGAAGCUCUAAGGAAUAUGAGGAUUCUUAAGCUCCAAGGCUGGGAGAUGACAUUCUUGGAUAAGAUAAUCGAGUUAAGAAAUUUUGAAACAAAAUGGAUAAGAAGGUUACUUUAUUCAUCAGCUAUGAUUUCUUUCGUCUUCCAGGCUGCUCCCAUGUUUGUAUCCAUGGUUACUUUUGGGUUCUGUAUGCUUAUGAAAAUUCCACUAGAUUCGGGGAAGAUUCUAUCAGCACUUGUAACAUUUGAAGUAUUACAAGUACCUAUUUAUAGUCUUCCAGACACAAUCUCCAUGAUAGUUCAAACUAAAGUUUCCCUCGACAGGAUAGCCUCAUUCCUCUGUCUUGAUGAUCUUCAUCUGGAUAUAAUGCAAAAGCCUCCAAAUGAUGAUGUCGAAGUUAAAAUUGAGAUUGUCAAGGGGAAUUUCUCUUGGGAUCUUCAUUCCCCUAAUCUCACAUUAAAAGAUCUUAAUUUCCAGGUGUACCGUGUCAAGCUUACUUUCAUGCAUAUUAGGGGAAAUACCAAAGGUAUCUGGAGCCAUUAA